AUGGCUUCUGCAUUGGUAGUAGCGCCUGCAUCUGCGUCUGCACAUGAUCAGACGACAGCAGUGAAGAGCGAAGAAGCGGGAUCGUCAAAGAAGCGGGAGAAGAAGAGAACUCCUCUUGCUGUUCAGAGGGAGAGAACGGGGAGGUUAACGCUGAAGGACAUUGGGAAAUACUUCCACCUCCCAGUAGAGGAAGCGGCCAGGAUAAUGAAGGUCUGCCCCACGGUGGUGAAGAAGAUCUGCAGAAGAGGCGGCUUAGCUCGAUGGCCCCACAGAAAGAAAACUGCAGAUAAGGAGCAUCGAGAGGAAGAUUUCGAAGUGGAAGAGUGUCGGCCAAGAAUCCAGAGGAAAGGGCUCGUGCUGAAUCUGAGAUCCAGAUUCUUGAGAAUGAGAUCGAAAAGAUUCGUUCCGAAGCUCUCCGAGACUUUGAUCUACAGAGACUGCGAUCCAUGUGAUCCGGGCCCCAAUCCGGUGGAAAUAUCGAGCGAAGGGAUAGCCACUUCCAGGGUGGAGACCGUCUUUUCUUCUCCUUGCAAUCUACCUACUCGCUUUCUCUGACGAUCGGGAAUCUCGCCG